UCCGCCCUCCCUCUGCGAGCUCUUCGCCCGGUCCGCUCCCAGCAGUCGGGCCGGUCCUUGCUCCCCAGGUUCCCGGCAGCCCUCGCUGGGCGACCUCGGGCUGCCCGCUGCCCGCUGCUGCCCAGUGCACCGCCGUUGCUGUCGGACCCCAUCCUCCCGCCUGAGGACACCGGGUCACCUCCCCCUUCCCUGCGCCCAGGGCUGCUCGCGCCCAUCCGGACGGAGAUGACCAGGGUCUUGGGGGCGCCUGGGCCACGCGCGCUCGGCUGCACCCGGCGGGGGACGGCCCUCUGAGCUCCGCCCUCGGACUCCAGCCAGGAGACUCUCUGGCCCAGUCGCCGCGGACCGUCCCCAGACGUUCCCGGGCCGAGCCCCUUCUGUCUCGCCCUCAUGGCCCAGCCUCUGCUGCUGGUUCUCUGGCUGGCUCUGGGUGUGGCCCCUGGCGGCGUGGUCGGUGUGGCCCCUGCCGGAACCAGCGAGCCCCCUACCGCGCAGACGGUGGCACCCACGGAGGCCGAGACCCUGCAGAACGAGGCCGACAACCAGGAGAAUAUCUUGUCUCAGUUGCUGGGAGACUAUGACAAGGUCAAGGCUGUGUCCGAGGGCUCCGACUGCCAGUGCAAAUGUGUGGUGACUCUGGGCCAGGACGUCUGCAGGAGGGUCAACUCGGGAGCCUCUCGGAAGGAGGACUUCUACAGUGAGACCAUCACCUCCGGCUCGUCCUGCAGUGCGCUGCAGGUGCAGACCGGCGUCCAGCAGGCUGUGCUGGGGGCCUCAGCAGGAGGCUCCGGCGAAGCACCUGCCUUCUGCCCGCGCCUGCCCCCCGAGCCCGGGAUGUGCCAGGGCCGUGGCCUCCUUCCCCUGGAGGACCUGAGGCUUCGGUGCCCGUCCAGCUGGACCUCAGAGUGGGGUCACAAGCCUAGGAGGAAAGACAGACGACGGAGCUUCACCAGGGUCCCAGCAGGCGGGUACACUCACGCCAAUGCGUCUGCCUGCGUGGCUGCCAAGACAAAUGCCACCUCUGAGGCCACCUCUCAGUCCCUGGGGUUUCCCUGUGGGCUCGCCCUGGUCCGUUGGCCUAGCCCUAGACUAACCUGCCCUGUUCCGCAGCUCGCCACCAUCAUAGACAUGCUGGAGGGCGCGUUCUAUGGCCUGGACCUCCUGAAGCUGCAUUCGGUCACCAGCAAGCUGGUGGGGCGAGUGGACAAACUGGAGGAGGAAGUUUCUAAAAACCUCACCAAGGAAAACGAGCAAAUCAAAGAGGACGUGGAGGGAAUUCGUGCCGAGAUGAGCAAGCGCGGCAAGAACUGCUCCCGGGACGCGGCAGCCGGGCUCCCGGAGGCGGGGGCAGGCUCCACCCUGCAGAGGGAUGCGGCCGCGGCCUACGCCCACCCCGAGUAUGAAGAGAGGUUCCUGCGGGAGGAGACCGUGUCCCAGCACGUCAACUCCAUCGAGCUCCUGCGGACGCGGCCACUGGCUCCGCCCGAGCUGGUGCGGCCACAGCAGCCCGUCCAGAGGCAGGUGUCCCUGCGGGGUCGGCCGGCCUCCAAGCCUGCCAUCAUCCGGGGCAUCACCUACUACAAAGCCCAGGACCCCGAGGACGAGAACGACAUAGAAGAGCAGCGUGAGUGGGGCCAGCAGGGCUGGGGCCGGGCCGGGCAGCCGUGUCCCCCGGGGCCGAGGCCCCCCGGGGGAAGAGGCGCUCCUUCCCACCUCCCACGCGGGCCUCACCCACCCCCGAGGCCCCACACGGCCACCCCACCUCUUCCGGCCCCGGCUGCCCUGCCGGUGGCUCCUGGGGACACACACUCGUCCCCAGUGCCUCCCACCACAGUCAGGACAGACUCCCUGGGGAAGGCCCCCCCUGCUGAGGGCACAGCCCCCGCCAGCCCCACCCUGCACCCGGAGGAGGACGACAUCCGGAACGUCAUAGGAAGGUGCAAGGACACGCUGUCCACCAUCACCGGGCCCACCACCCAGAACACAUAUGGGCGGAACGAAGGGGCCUGGAUGAAGGACCCGCUGGCCAGCGACGAGCGGAUCUACGUGACCGACUCCUCCCACGGCAGCACCCUGGUGGAGUUCAGGAACCUGGAGAACUUCAGACAGGGCCGCUGGAGCAACUCGUACAAGCUGCCCUACAGCUGGGCGGGCACGGGGCACGUGGUGUUCGGGGGCGCCUUCUACUACAGCCGCGCCUUCACCCGCACCCUCAUCAAGUACGACCUGCGCCGCCGCUACGUGGCCGCCUGGGCCCUGCUGCCCGACGCCUACGAGGAGGCCACGCCCUGGGGCCGGCAGGGCCCCUCAGACGUGGACUUCGCCGUGGACGAGAACGGGCUGUGGCUCAUCUACCCCGCCCUGGACGAAGAGGGCUUCAGCCAGGAGGUGAUCGUGCUGAGCAAGCUCAAUGCCGCAGACCUGAGCACGCGGAAGGAGACCACGUGGCGCACGGGGCUCCGCCGGAACCUGUACGGCCACUGCUUCGUCAUCUGCGGGGUGCUGUACGCCGUGGACAGCCACAACCAGCGCCACGCCAACAUCUCCUACGCCUUCGACACCCACACCAACACGCAGAUCGUGCCGCGGCUGCUGUUUGAGAACGAGUAUUCUUAUACCACCCAGAUCGACUACAACCCCAAGGACCGGCUGCUCUACGCCUGGGACAAUGGCCACCAGGUCACCUACCGCGUCAUCUUCGCCUACUGACACCCCGGCCGGAGCAGGUGUGCCCGGGCCACUGCACCUUGUAUGUGCAUGUGCACGUGUGUGUGCGCAUUGCACGUUUGUGUGUGUGCACGAGUGUAUGCAUGUAUGUGUGAAUGUGUGUGUGUACAUGUGUGCACGUGUGUGUGUGCAGAUGGGUAAGUGCUGUUCAAAAAAUAUAUAUUAUUUUGUAUAAUGUAAAGUGACAGUUUGGGUCUAUUUUUUUAUAUGGAUUGUAGAUCAAUCCAUACAUUAUGUGCUGGCCUCAUCCUCCACAGUUUAUAUUUUUGUGCAAAUGAACUUCUCCUUGGACCAGUGACCACCUUCCUUCGAGCCUCCGCCCCUCUGGCUCCCGCGUCUCAAUGGCAUGGUCUCCAUGUGGGUCUUGUGGCCGAGGCACCUGCAGCGGGAGCGAGGGAGGCAGGAAAGAAGUGCUAAGGGGCAGGAAAAAUUAUGUGCUGGAGAAGUUUUUAAAACCCAGAAAAUGCUUUUUUAAAUAAAGAAGGAAUUUAAAAUGA